CAGCAUUGUAUAAGGCAUGAUGCUCGGCCAGUCUCCAUAUCUCGUUAGGGGAAUUCUCUGGAUUCAGAACCCCAUGCAAGCUGUCCACUGCAACCUGAGUCAGAAUGGGAUCGAUCACCAGGUGUGUAUGGCGGAUACGAGCUCACACGUGGAAGACGAGGCUGUGGAUCAGGGCCCAGGAUUGAACGAUGGCGGCUCGGGAUUUCAGCAGCACAGUCCAGGAUUCCAGCACUGCGCUCCACCACAACGCUCCAUCUCCGAAUCUGAACUCUCCAAGUCAGGGACGGUGAAACUGUCCAAACCGGUGGCGUUGUGGACUCAGCAGGAUGUGUGUAAGUGGCUGAAGAAGCACUGCCCGAACCAGCACCAAGUCUACAGUGAUGCCUUCAAACAGCAUGAUAUUACAGGCCGAGCUUUGAUGAGGCUGACAGACAGGAAGCUGGAGAGGAUGGGGAUCAUGCAGGAGAGCCAGAGACAGUUUAUCCUGCAACAGGUCCUGCAGCUCCGUGUCAGAGAGGAAGUCCGCACCCUACAGCUUCUCACACAAGCAUCUUUGGAGAGCUCUCCAUAACCGGAGCGGUCCCAGAGACGCAACCAGCCGCGACGUGACCCUCCAAACGUCUUCUCAAAUGUCGGCACACGCCAGCGUUCCAGCCCAACCCAAGUCGCCCAUACAACCUCCCCAACCCAUGCCCUAUAAAUACCAGCCCUAAAGACGAUGGCAACUUCUUCUACUACUACUACUACUACUACUUCUUCACUGUCGUCUUCUUCCUAUGCCAAGUAGACCUCUCUGAACUGGACUACAGAUAUUCUUCCACAGUUGGCAUUGAGAGACUAAUUGGCCAAUUAGCCUGCUUGCUGUAUGUCAUCGUACCAAGUGUAGCACUUUACCUUUCCUGUAGAGAGUCUGUUUAAGCUUUCCUCUUCAGACUAGCAUAACUUUCAGUCGCUGCAGUAGGGCUACAGGUCACCUUUUUUCUACUUUAUUCUUUGUAUCUCUGAUUUUUGCCUCUCUACUGUAUAGAAGGACAGCGUAGAGACAUUUUGCACAUCUGUAGAUUACUGUAUCUGUGCCUCAUGUUUCUUCCUCUGGCUCUGUUGUCUCUUACCGUAUAACGUGGGCUUGUCCCAUCUCUCAUGUGUUUUUUUUUUUCUUCCCCCGUGUUCGACUUCCCUUGGCUUUCCUGGACUGCAAACUCUUUCCAGUCAUCCUUUCCUUAACCUGAACUACACUGUGACUCUGACCAGCUGUCUUAAACGUGGCAAACGCCACCUCAUCAUCUCUCCUACACUCUCACACCCUUAGAAAGAACGCAGCCUCCAUGCUUUCCAGGAUUUAAAAAUAUAUCUAUAUAUAAAUUCAGAUACGAAUAAGAAGUAAGAUCAGUCAUUGCGAGUCAGGUGAAACAUUUUUAUUUACAUUUAUUACAACACACGGCGUCUGUUCGGUGUCUGAUCUGAGAGCAACGAAAAAGUAAGAACUUAGAGAUGAAUUUUUGUACCUUGUUGGGGGAGAAAACGGACAGUUUUUUUUUUCCGUGAAAAUAAUAGAUGGAUGAUUUCCUUUUCUGAAGAUUGGCUUCUCUUCUCUAGCUCGUCAUGCCCCUGGAGGGACCAAAAAAAUACAGAAAAAUAAAAAUGAAGAAAUCUAGCUAUGAAACAGCACCAUUAAAGCGUUACAGGAGUAUAACAAAGCAAGGAGGUCUGUGUCGGAGAAAAUGGGUGUGUGUGUGAAGUCUGUCAAAUGGAAGUCGAAUCAAUGAGUUUUGUUAUUCGCUCUUUGCAGAGGUUGCCUGAGGAAUCGUCGUGGCGUAUUAUGGCCGUACACUGUUACUUUUAUUACUACGAAGCACACAGAACCGCUCGACCUUGCUCGGUCAUCGUUAUUUAUCCUAAACGUUCUGUCAUCAGAAAAGUCCAUUUAAUACAGUAUAUCGCCUGAAAAACAAACAAACAUCCUUUUAUAACUAUAGCAUAACAGACGUGACUAGCCUUCCAGAUGUUGUGUGUUGGAGUCGGUGUACCAGGUCAGUCCUAGGUCAGUAAAAUUAAAGGCUAUACUGUGUAAAGUUGAUUCAUGACCUGAAAUUGGAAAGUUGUAGCAAAUCGAAUGGUAUCGAUUAGUCUGUAUGUAUUAGAACAGUCCCGGUGUCGAGAUAGGAAAAAGCUUGUUUCGGCUAAACCGCUCGCCUCCAUUUCAUGGCUGGAUGAAGGCACUAUCCGGUACACGGGGGAACACUUUUAGAAAUGGCUUUUUGUGAUCAUUGAAAUGUUGUGUAGUAAUAGAAUAGUGAGUGAGGCAUAUAAUUAAUCUUUCAUCUCCUAGACUAUCUUAGGCCGUCUAGUGUCCGUGUUCGAGUAUGCUCCAUGAGAGUCGCAUGGUUCGUGAAGUAUCAAAGGGAAAUAGACGGGUAAUUUUUAUUUACAUAUCGUUCGACAUGAGCGCUGAGAACUGAGUGUAAUAUGCUAUAAGGCAUCUAUUUAAACUUAUGCUUCCUUCCAUAUGAAAUCGUCCAGUUUCACCGGCUGUACACCACUAGUCGGUCAAAAGAUGUCUCUGCGUUUUCAUUUUCCUGAAGCACUUUUAGCCAUUUUCUGGUAGGGAAAAAAAUAUAUAUGCUACUGGUCCUUGAUAACAGAAAGAGAGUGCUCAUGGAGGAAGAACCAUUUGAGAAAAUGAUUUGAUGACCUCUGGAAAAUUUGACAGCUAAUGUACCAUGAUAUUAGAAAAAUGUCAAAAUAGGAACGGAAAGAUGGAGGGAAAAGGUCGUCUGUGGCAAACUUUUGAAACGUUCGAGGAAGAGGAACCUGCACAGGAAUCUGAAACGUUCCUAUUGAAGAUGUACAAGGCAGCUUCGUUACCUUACACCUUAGGAUAGCUAAGGAUAGCGCUUGAGCUAAUUAAUAACUGGUGCAACAUACAGUACCUCUGAACACUCCAGUCUGUGUACAUCAAUGUUCUUUGGUUUAGACUAGAGCUAAAACCCUAAUUCAUUCUAACGUAACAAGUCUCACAUAUCUCUGUGCACUUAUUUUGGGAUUGCUGAUCAUGAAGCAUCUCAGCAUAGAAGUGCUAAUCCAAGAUGUCAUGCUUCCAAGUCAUCUCUCCUCUUUUAGUGACAUAAAAACUCUCUAAUAAAAUUGAUGAUCGUGUGGAAACGGAGUACUGAUGGACACGAGUAGAAAUGUUGUUUCCCUUCAGAUCAGGCGUGUACAGUACAACUUACAUUUAUAUACACUGAUCAGCCAUAACAUUAAACACAACAAUAAGGUUAAAUAAAAAACAUUGAUCAUUAAUUAUAUACCAGUAAUUAUUUAUUUAUAAACCAGUUAUAUAAUGCAUUUUAAAAACAAUAUAUACCAGAACAAUGGUAUCCCGAAACUCAUCUAUGCCUGUGGGGGGAGGAAAGGACAGCCCAUCCAGUCUGAACUAAAAAAAAAAAAGCACAGAUUGUAGCACAUAUUGCUGAAAAAAGGAAAAAAGUCAAUGCUUGCUAUGAAAGAAAGUCACCAGAACACUCAGGGUAUCACUGCUUGCUGUAUAGGCUUAGCAGGCAAAAAGUUCAAGGUUGUUGACCUGGCCUCAAAAUUCCCCAGAACUCAAUCCAAUAGUCCAAUCCACGAUCAGCGUAUUUACAGUAUUUGUAUGAAGUUCUAUUUUUAGAAAGGUUAACAGCGGUACCUCGGCAUACAAGGAGGGGAGUUCUUACAGAGAAACACAUUUUCCCAUAGGAAAUAAUGUAAAUACAGAAAAUCCGUUCCAGCCACCUGAAAAUAUUACCAAUGUUACUGUUUUCCAACACUAUAAUCAUAUCUUUGCAUAAACAGUCAAAACAUUUAGAAAAGACAUAAUAAAGUAAAAUAUAUAAUUUAAGACACCAAACGUCACUUAAUCUUAAUUUAUGAUUCCUGUUGGCACCGGCUGUUUUACAAACCAAACUGUAAGCGGCUCACUUUUUCUUCUUGCUACCGUCCUUUCAACCCAUAGUGCUACUGUACGUCAUCACUAAAUCUUGCACAAAAUGAAAAAAAAUAAAAAUAAAUGCUCUGUAUGCCAAGGCAAAUUUCUUGCAAAAUUUUAGUUCUUAAGGCAAAAAUUUGUAUGCCGAGGUACCACUUUAUAUAAGAAACUCCUUUUAAAUGGGCAGUUAACUUUUAAUUCUGAAAUCUAUUUUUAAAAAUCUGUGAAAAUUGCUCAUUUUUGGACGUUUCUUUAGCCUUGUAGCUAAUUGCAGUGUUUCAAUGAGCCGUCCUGAGCAUCUUAAUUAGCACAGGAUUGACUACAGAAACCAUUCUGGUUCAUGUUCUACUACAUGUUUUUUUUCCCCCUACAUUGAUCCGUUCAACUAUUCAAUUCAGUCCAUGGAAAUACCUUCCCACUCUGCCAGUUAAAGCCUCUGGUCCAGAUGGCUGACAUUUUAGCUUCCCUGGCUCACAAUCCAGCUGAAACAGCACUCCCACCUGCAUUUGUGCCUUCCUGCUUUUCUGUACCUUUUUUGCAUGAUCAUGUACAGUAUGCGCAUGCCAUGUCCGCACAAUCUCAGCUAAUGAGAUAAGUCACUUAAUGAACUCUGUUAAUGAAAUGAGUUGCUCUCGUACUCGACCGAUCGAAAAAGCAUUACAUUAAAGGCAGCGGAUAAUUUUGUCUCACAAAUGGAAGUCUCAUAGGAGCAAAAAUGCAAACCAUCUGGGGACCUGGUUUGAGAAACACUGGAUUAUGGUAAUACAUUCUCUCUCUCUCUCUCUCUCUCUCUCUGUUAUGAAUUUCCAUGCAUAAGACUGUGCACAUGGCUGAAAACAGCGGUUUGAUUUCUACCAUUUUGUAGCAUGCCACCUUAUUCUUUUCUGAUCUUCUGUAUGAAACGGGCAUAAUGCAGACCAAACCCUUUAGAACCCUGCCUUUUCCCUCCAUUUCCAUAUAGUGUGCCUAAUGAGGUAUAAAAAUAUUAAAAACCUAAUAAAUGCAUUAAUAGGUAACAAGCAUCAGUCUACAUGUGUCUUUAAUAUUGUGUGCUUAUGUU